AUGAGCCAUUCCAACGAACCUAUUGCCAUCAUUGGCAGCGGCUGUCGUUUUCCGGGAGACUCUUCCUCGCCUUCUAAGCUUUGGGACCUCCUAAAAGAUCCACGAGAUGUAUCCAGAAAAAUCGACAGGUUCGAAGCCGAGGCUUUCUACCAUGAAAAUGGUCAUCAUCAUGGAACGAGCAAUGUUCUUCACUCGUAUCUCCUGAACGAGGAUACUCGCGCUUUUGAUGCACAGUUCUUUAGCAUUCCUGGGGGAGAAGCCAGUACCAUUGAUCCGCAGCAGCGCUUCUUGAUGGAGGUUAUCUACGAAGGACUCGAAUCUGCUGGCCAGAAGAUUGAGGAUCUCUCUGGUUCCUCGACUGGUGUCUACGUUGGUGUCAUGUGCAACGACUUCGCACAGGUCACGUAUGCGGAUAUUCAGAAUGUCCCCAAGUACGCCGCCACCGGAACGGCCCUAAGCAUUCUCUCAAACAGAGUUUCCUACUUCUUCAACUGGACCGGCCCCUCCAUGACUAUCGAUACUGCUUGCUCCUCCAGUCUUAUUGCUGUUCACCAGGCAGUUCAGCUUCUCCGCAGCGGCCAAUCCCGAGUUGCCGUCGCUGCUGGAACCAACCUUAUCUUCACGCCUACCAAUUACAUCGCUGAGAGUAACGUAAAUAUGUUGUCCCCAACGGGUCGCAGCCGCAUGUGGGACAGCAAUGCAGACGGUUACGCACGUGGCGAAGGCGUAGGCUGUGUAAUCCUGAAGCUGUUGAAGGAUGCCAUCGCUGAUGGCGAUGUCAUUGAGUCCGUCAUCCGUGAGACGGGAACUAACCAGGAUGGACGAACUACAGGAAUCACCAUGCCCAGCAGCAAAUCUCAGGCGGCCCUCAUCCGCGAGACAUACAAUAGAGCUGGUCUGGACCCGCUAAGUGAGACUGAUCGUUGCCAAUACUUCGAAGCCCACGGCACCGGAACCAAAGCUGGUGAUCCACAAGAAGCAAGUGCAAUCCAUCAAGCUUUCUACCCGGCUGGUGGUCCAAGCAAAGAGGAUGAUAUUCUCUAUGUCGGAUCUAUUAAGACUGUCAUCGGACACACAGAAGGCACAGCUGGAAUUGCUGGUCUUCUGAAAGCGUCCCUCUCCGUCCAACAUGGCAUCAUUCCAGCAAACAUGCUUUUCACAGACCUAAAUCCUGAUGUUGAACCAUACUAUGGAUUUCUCCAAAUACCGACGUCGGCAAGGCCAUGGCCUGCCCUACCCCCCGGCGUGCCUCGAAGGGCCAGUGUAAACAGCUUCGGAUUUGGUGGUGCCAAUGCUCACGCUAUUGUUGAGAACUACGUUCCUGCCGAGGAGCAAUCUAUCGCACGCAACUCUUCGGCCUCAGUACCCUUUGUUUUCUCGGCAAACUCCGAGAAAGCCUUGACUUCUCAAAUCAAGGCGAUUCGCAGCUUUGUAAACCGAGUAGACGACAGCGUCAAUGCUCGAGAUGUAGCUUGGACGUUGUCUCGCAAGUCGUGCUUCUCUCACCGAGCGUCGUUCGCGGCAGCCACCCUGCCUGCCCUAGCCGAGAAGUUAUCCAAGGCUUUAGAGUCCAAGGAAGCCGACGACAAGGACGUGGGAUUACGAUUCAACCCCAAGAAGCAAAAGAUUCUUGGUAUUUUUACCGGUCAGGGAGCUCAGUGGCCUACUAUGGGAUAUGCACUGAUCCAGAGUUCGCCGGCUGCGUUAGCAACCAUCCAGGCCUUGGAAGAAUCCCUACAAAGUCUUCCAAAGAAAGACAGACCAUCAUGGUCAAUUCAGGAGGAGCUUUCUAAGGCACCAGAGGUUUCCAGUGUCAUGCAAGCUGAAUUUUCUCAGCCUCUCUGCACCGCUGUCCAAAUCGUAUUGGUCGACUUGCUUCGGGCUAGCGGCAUCGAAUUCAGCGCUGUCGUGGGACAUUCCAGUGGUGAGAUCGGCGCGGCAUAUGCAAGCGGCUUCCUAACAGCGUCCGAUGCUAUCAGGGUUGCGUAUUAUCGCGGUGUCCUAGGGUCUCUAGCUAAUGCCGAUGGUGCUAUGCUUGCCGCCGGUACUUCCAUGGAAGAUGCUACAGAGCUCUGCCGUCUCCCAGUCUUCCGUGACCGCAUAACUGUGGCUGCGAGCAACUCUCCUGCCAGUGUGACGCUUUCCGGUGACAGGAAGGCCAUCGAGAGAGCCCAGUUAAUUCUGGAGGACGAGAGCAAGUUCGCCAGAAUGCUGAAAGUAGACAAAGCCUACCACUCUCAUCACAUGGCGCCUUGUGCUGAGCCCUACAUGCAAGCAAUGUCCCAGGCCAAGGUGCAAAUCCAGGAACCAUCUUUCACCUGUCGGUGGUUCUCAUCAGUUCUUGGAGGCCCAGAGGUCACUACUGAGAUGGCUGACCAGCUAUCUGGUGCUUACUGGCGAGAUAAUCUCAUUAAUCCUGUUCUCUUCUCCCAGGCUCUUGAAGCUGCCCUGGAGGCUAUUGGUGAGCCAGCGGUGGUGGUGGAAGUUGGUCCUCAUCCCGCCUUAAAGGGCCCAGCUAGCCUGGUCAUCGGAGACAAGUUCAAAUCGGAUGUGUCGUACACUGGUGUUCUUGCAAGAAACAUCAACGAUGUUGAAGCCUUGUCCGAGGGCAUUGGUGCCAUCUGGAAGAACAUUGAUUCGUCUAUACUGAGCUUUGCCAACCUAGAUGCCCUCUUCUCUGAUGUCCAGGACAAGCCCAUGUUUCUCAAACAAGUGCCCAACUACGCCUGGGACCAUGAUCGUACUUAUUGGAAUGAGUCUCGAGCGACCAAGUCGAUGUACCAGCGUACUGAGCGUCACCACGAACUGCUUGGUGUUAGGCUUGACGGCGGUGAACAUGACUUCCGCUGGAGGAACUUCAUCAAGCCUUCCGAAAUGCCUUGGCUACGCGGACAUCAAGUCCAGGGCCAGAUGGUGUUCCCGGGAGCUGGGUUUGCCAGUAUGGCCUUCGAAGCUUGUAAAGCCCUGGCGCCACUUGAGCAGAUAUCUAUGAUUGAGCUCAUUGAUCUUCGCGUUAGUCGCGCCAUGGCCCUUACUGACGAGAGCCCUGGCGUUGAGUCUCUGGUGACUCUGUCCAAUGUUCAAAGAGAUGGGAAGAACGGCGUCAUUUUCUGUGACUAUGAGUGCUCCAUUUGCCCAACCCCUGACAGUGUACCUGUCCGUGCUUCAACUGGUAGCAUCCGUCUCGAACUCGGAACCGUUUCUUUGGAAUCUCUUCCCUCGCGGAAUGCUUUGGGCUUGGACAUGAACAAUGUCGACAUGGAUCACUUCUAUAACUCGCUGGCAGCCCUGGGCUACAAUUACAGCGACAUGUUCACGGGCAUCAGUUCUCUGAAGCGAACCACCGACACGGCUUCCGGGAUUAUCCAUAUUGACGGGGCGGAGGGUUAUGAUCCUGCCUUCAUUUUCCACCCCGCGCCUCUAGAUGUCGCUUUUCAAUCUAUCUUCGGAGCACUAGGUGCACCCGGCGAUGGUCGUCUCUGGACUGUUCUGGUACCAACCUUGAUAUCUAGAAUCAGAGUCAACCCACAUGCUUGCCGAAACGCAGGAUUAGGCAUGGACAUGCCUUUCGAUUCCGUUAUUUCGGUUACUCCAUCCAAUGGAGUUUCUGGUGACGUCGAUAUCUGCGAUCAGGAUGGUAAUACUCUGGUGCAGGUUGAACGUCUACACGUUUCGCCCCUUACCGCUACCACCGAGCAAGAUGAUAGGCACAUGUUCUCUUCUACGGAAUGGACUCCCUUUUACCCGGAUGCCACCAAGGACUUCUCUAAGUGGGUUCUAAGUGAGGAGGAACACGGCCACAUGGUAUUUAUUGAGCGGGCAUGCUUUCUUUACAUGAAGCGAGUCCAUGAUGUCCUUACUCAGGAAGAACGUGAGAACUGCGACUGGCAUCGCAAGAAGUACCUUGCCUGGGUGGCUGAAAUUGUGGGAGAAGUUGCCGAGGGCAGGCAUCCAACUGUCAGCAAGGAGUGCAUGAAUGACACCUGGGAAGAGAUGAAAGACGAGCUUGAGGACUUUUGCUCAUUAUAUCCCGACUUCCGCCUGCUAAUUGUUGUCGGUGAUAAUCUCGUUGGCUGGAUGCGUGGCGAGGUAGACUUCCUUGAGAUGUACCGUGAAACAGGCAUGCUUGAGCACAUCUACAAGAACACCUACGGUUUCCCCGAGUAUAAUGCUUACCUAGGUAAGCUGGUUCGCCAACUGUCCCAAAGGUUCCGUCAAAUGGACAUCCUUGAGAUCGGAGCUGGUACUGGAUCGGCGACCGAGGCAAUUAUGAGCCGCAUUGGCGAUAGCUAUGCUUCGUACUCCUAUACUGACAUCUCGGCGGGCUUCUUCCUCGAAGCUAAGGAUAUUUUUAACAAGCAGGGAGACAAGUUUGCCUACACCACUUUUGACGUGGAGAAGGAUCCCAUUGCCCAAGGUUACGCCGAGCACAGCUAUGACCUGGUUGUGGCAUCCAACGUCCUACACGCGACCAAGUCUUUAGAGACCACGUUGACCAAUGCCAGGAAGCUUCUCAAGCCCGGCGGGUACCUUGUCAUUCUUGAGAUCACUGACACGGAUCCUCUACGACCUACUUUCUUCUUUGGCACGCUUUCCGGUUGGUGGGUUGGCGAGACGGAUGGACGUCCUCAUCAUCCUCUCCUCACACAGGCGAAAUGGGACGCUGUCCUCCGAAAGUCUGGCUUCUCUGGACUUGACACGGCAACUCCUCCUUCGGGCGAGUUCAUGGUGCCUCAAAGCAUCAUGCUCAGCCAAGCUGUGGACACACAAAUGAAUCUCAUUCGUCAGCCGUUCUCCCCCAAGAGCAACGUGCAGCUGGAUGACUUACUUGUCCUUGGUGGCCAGUCCAUGUCUAGCUUCCAACUUCAGGAGGAUAUCAUAGCCUUGCUGCAGCCUAUUGCAAAGAAUAUCACUUUUGUAGAAAACCUCGAUCUUUUGGAAGAAUCCCACUUCACUUCGAAGCAGAUCACUCUCAGUCUUCUGGAACUUGACGAGCCUGUCUUCAACCCCUUCACGCCUGCCAAAUGGGCCGGUUUACAGCUGUUUAGCGAAAAGGCCCAGAAUGUCCUUUGGAUCACUCAGGGAGGUAGUGGCGAACAUCCAUACGCAAACAUGAUGAUCGGCGUUGCACGUUGCUUGACAUGCGAGAAGCCCGAUCUACGAUUCCAAACCAUUGAUUUCGACGCUAUAGACAGUCUUAAUCCCCAAAUGAUUGCCGAGGCAGUGUUGCGCCUACAUAUUUCCGAUACUUGGGGCUCAUUUGUCGAGGCAUAUGAUACAGCCUGGCUUCUGGAACGUGAAAUCCGUGUCAUUGGUGGAGAGAUGACAGUCCCCCGUUAUAUUCCAAACAAGGUUUUGGAUGGUCGAUAUAAUUCAUCGCGCCGAACAGUCCAGAAGGAUACUAACCUGAACGGCUCUGUUAUUGCUAUCUCCGCCGGAGAGGCGUCCUAUGAGCUCCAGCAGGUUGUGACACCAGAAUGGGAAGCUUUUACUAACUCGGGUCUUGCAGAAAUAAAGGUAGAGCGAUCCUCACUAGCGACAGUCAGCUUGGGAUCCUUUGGAUCGCUUUUCUUGACAAUCGGAAAGCUGAGCGGUUCGGGAGAGAAGGUUCUUGCGUUCUCAGACUUAAAUGCAUCAGUCGUCAGUGUUCCCAAAGCCUGGGCUAUUGCCUAUAACGGAACCGGCGAAGAAGACUUGGGUGUUCUAAAGGCGGCCUUUGACGUCUCCUUGGCUCAAACUCUCAUUACUGCGAUAACGCCGUCAAGCGCACUUCUUGUCUAUGAGCCUACGGCUGAGCUUGCAGAAGCACUCAAAGAGAUCGCCGCGGAUCAAGGCAAAAACGUCACUUGCACCACCUCGAGGACAGAAAUUGCAAACAAGGAUAUCCUAUACAUCCAUCCGUCAACCCAUGCAAGAGCCCUUGCUUCAAUAUUCCCCAAAAGGUUGACUGCAUUUGUGGACCUCUCUGGCCGAGGACAUACAGGAAGCCUUGCUCCCCGUAUUGAGAAACAACUACCUAUCCAGUGUCGGCGAUUGGACGUUGCCGAUUUGAUCGGCAGACAAGCUUUCACACGGCCUUCUGGUAACGAAGAUACUGUGGUCAAUGUCCUAAAGCGUACUUUAUCAUACGCUAUUGCCCAUCCUAGCAGCUCUGCUGAAGAGUUUCCAGUAGGUGAUAUGACCGGGCAGACACUCGCGAACUUCGAUGCCCGCGUGAAGGUGCUGAACUGGACUACCAGCGAGACACUUCCCGUCAAUCUGUCUCCCCCUGAGGACGUCAUCCAGUUCCGUUCCGACAAGACCUACUGGCUGGUUGGCCUUGCUGGACAGCUGGGUCUUUCCAUUUGUCAAUGGAUGGUCAAGCGUGGAGCUCGUCAUGUUGCUUUGUCUUCUAGAACCCCCAAGAUCAGCGAGAAGUGGCUCAAGUUUGUUCAGGCUGACGGCGCAGAGGUGCGCGCAGUGCCUUGCGAUGUCACUGAUCGUCGAUCGGUCAUGCGGGCUCACAAGGCCAUUUGUGACACAAUGCCACCCAUCGCAGGUGUUGCCAAUGGUGCUAUGAUUUUAAACGAUGGAAUCAUUGCACAGCAGCCUCAUGAUAUGUUCAACCAGACUCUCAAGCCCAAGGUUGACGGCACGCGCUUCUUGAACGACAUCUUCAGCAAGCCUACGCUUGACUUCUUCGUGGUCUUUUCUUCCCUUGCCUACGUGACCGGAAACAUUGGUCAGUCCAGCUAUGCUGCUGCCAAUGCAUUCAUGGCCAGCGUCGUCGAGGGUCGCCGUAAACGCGGCCUUGCUGGAAGUGUCAUGAACCUUGCCGGGAUCUUUGGUAUUGGGUACAUCACCCGCACAGAUCGUGGCAUCAUUGAGCGUCUCGGAAAGAUGGGGUACUCCAACGUGUCUGAGUGGGAUUUCCUACAGUUCUUUGCGGAGUCCGUCAACGCCGGCCACCCUAAUGUAGGAUCUGGUCAUGAUCACGAAAUCUCAUCGAGUCUCAGACCGUAUGACCCUAGCCGAGAUGAAAAUCCUCCGGCCUGGCUUAAUAUCCCCCGCUUCUGCUACUAUAAGCGUUCUACGGCUCUCUCUUCCGCCCAGGAGGAUGGCAAGAAUGAAUCUGUGCGCUCUCAGCUCAAGGAGCAGAAGACCAAAGAUGACGUUUACAAGGUGCUACUUGCUGGUCUCACAGCCGUCUUGUACAAGAAUCUCGGUCUGCGACCAGAAGACAACAAUAUUGCCCCUCAUACUCGACUUAUUGAGCUCGGGAUCGAUUCUCUUGUUGCUGUGGACAUGAGAUUCUGGUUUACCAAGGAACUGGAUCUUGACAUGCCCGUGCUAAAGCUGCUGGGAGGCGCAUCAGUAGAGGAGAUGGUCCAGGACACGAUGGAGCGACUGUCACCAGAACUUACCCCUAACUGGGUUAAAGAGCCGGCAGAAGCGGAGGCCUCUACGGGUGAAGAAGAGGUGCCGACUAUUGUCAUCCCAGACGACGACAGUACGUCCAACGGCUCCCCGUUGAGUGUCAGCGAGAAUGAGACCCCCGAUAGUGAGGCCACCACGCCGCCAGCUAGUCGCAGUCUCUCGGAAGCCGGUUAUCCCAAAGAGGGACUAUCGACACCGCCACUGGAUCUAGAGCUAGAGCUUGCGUUCGAACGGAAGGUGAAGAUGUCGUACCCUUCUUUGCAGUUCUGGUUUCUGAUCCAACAUCUAGGACAAGACGCCCCCCACGCUUUCAACGUCAGCUUCCGAGUCGCUCUGAAGGGCAGAAUGGACAUCAGCCGCAUGGAGGAGGCAGUCAAGUCGCUUGGAGAGAGACACGACGCACUUCGCACUGCUUUCUUUGACGACUCCGAGAAUGAUUACGAGCCUACCCAAGGCGUCUUGUCACUCGACAACUCCCCAUUACGCCUAGAGGUUCAGAAGAUUGCUAGUUUACAGGAGGCCAUUGACUUCAAUGAGAAACUUGACCACUAUGUGUUCGAUAUCCAGCGUGGUCGUACCAUCCGCAUGGCAAUGCUUUCGGAAAGUGAUACUGCCCAUUACCUUAUCCUUGGAUUCCAUCACAUUGCCAUGGAUGGUUUCAGCUUCGACGUCUUUUUGCGCGAGCUUGGUGCGCUAUAUGAAGGCAAGGCGCUGCCUCCCGUGACAAUCCAGUGGAACGAUUUGAUGGAAGAACAGCGACUUGGCGUCGGGAAUGGAUUAUUCAAAGCGGAAACAGACUACUGGCGGUCUACUCUCGCCACGAUUCCUGACCCUAUCCCGAUGCUCCCAAUGGCCAGAUCUCAAACCCGAGUGUCUGUCACAAAAUUUGCCUUCGAGGAGUGCCCUAUAACAGUCUUAGAUGAGAAGACUGUCAGGGGUAUUCGCGAGCGCUGCCGUGAGAUGAAGGUGACGCGCUAUCACUUUUUCCUGUCUAUUCUGCGCAUCAUGCUAUUUGAACUUACAGACGUUGAGGAACUAUGCAUUGGAACUGUCGACGCCAAUCGAGGUGACAGUCGCGCGUCGAGUACCAUUGGCCUUAUGGUUAACGUCUUGCCCAUGAAGUUCCAGCGCAGCACCAAUAAGAGCUUCACUCAAUUAACACAGGAGGGCCGUGACCAGGCCUAUGCCGCUCUUGCGAACUCCAGGCUCCCUUUCAAGGCCAUGCUGGAUCAGCUUGCAGUUCCUCGCUCGACUCAAUGCUCGCCAAUCUUCCAGGUAGUCUUGGACUAUCUGCCGCACAAAAUCGAGACCCCCGAAGGCCUGGGAGCCCCUGGAGAUGAAGUUAAGGCUACUCUGAACUACAGUUUGGCCGACAUGGUUAUUGAUGUCAACGAUAUUUCGUCGACCGAGAUCCGCCUUCGCUGGCGCGGACAGACUUCUUUGUACUCCGAGCGAGCAGUUAAAUUGAUGCUGGAUAUGUUUACUGAGCUAGUCAAGAAAUAUGCUGUUGCCGAUCCGAAGCUGCUAGUCGAUGGCAGUAAGCUCACGUUAUAUAAUUCAGCCCAGGUUCAAGCUGCCACAGGGAUUGCUCUAGGCUCCUCUAUGGUAUCUCAGUGGGGACCAACUGUCUCUCACGUCAUUGAUGAGAACAGCGUCACCCAUCCCGAUACUCCUGCUCUGAAGGAUGGUCUCGGAAACUCUCUCACAUAUUCUCAAGCAUCCAAGCGUGUCAAUCAGAUUGCUAACGCGCUUCUGGAGUCUGGCAUCGAGCACCGUCGCGUGGCCGGGUACCAAGAGCCCACCGCGGAUUGGGUCUGCUCACUUCUUGCAGUGUGGAAGAUUGGUGCUGCUUACGUGCCACUGGACUCGAGACAGCCUACCGCAAGAAUCGCCGUCAUGCUAGCCGGUUGCAAUCCAUCGGCCGUCGUUUGCCACCAGGAAACAGUUGACAAUUUGACUGGUAUUAACGGCGACGCCAUUGUUAUCAAUAUUUCUGAUCUUCCUUCUAUGUCAACCACUGUGGAAUCUCUAGCCACCAAGGCAAAGCCAGAGCAACCAGCGCUUCUCAUCUUUACAUCUGGAUCCACCGGAACUCCAAAGGCCGUCGAAGUCCGUCACUCCAGCUUGAAGAACAUUAUCGAGGGUGUCACAGCCACGUAUGGGUUUGACCAAGCGAGACAGACAGUCCUCCAGCACAGCGCGCAUAGCUUUGACAUUUGCUUCGGACAGAUCCUUCUAGGUCUCUGCAACCGUGGAAGCGUCUUUGUUGCGCCCAAGGAUAAGCGUGCGGAUCCUUUGGAGCUGUGUAAAAUCGUUCGAGAUGAGAAGAUCACCAUCGUCAUGUCCACUCCUGGUGAGUACAGCCAGUGGCUUCGUUUUGGCAGGUCCGAGCUCCAGGCCGCGGAUUCUUGGAAAUUCGGAUUCUCUGGUGGUGAAGCAAUGCACGGCUCUCUCAAGGCUGCCUUCAAUGACCUUGGUAUGGAUGUGACUUUGAUCAACGCCUACGGCCCAGCUGAGACGAUCAUUCUAAGUACAACAAAGGUUGUAGACUACAAGAAUGAAACUAGCGACUACUCAGAAGCUGUUUCCAUCGGCAAGCCCAUUCCCAACUCUGGAGUUUUCAUCGUUGACAGGAACAUGAAACCGGUUCCCAGCGGGGUCACCGGCGAGAUUGUCAUUACAGGUGCAGGCGUAGCUAAUGGCUACUACGGCCAGAGCGAGCUCACCAAAGCCACUUUCAUUCGUGAUACUCUCACCCCAAGUGGAUACUCUGCUAACUACGGCGGUGGUGUUAUGGCGAAGAUGUAUCGCACCGGCGACAGCGGUCGCUAUGAUGAAAAUGGCGAGCUGCACUUUGAAGGACGAAUCGCCGGUGACUCCCAGGUCAAGCUAAACGGGAUCCGUAUUGAGAUAAAGGAAAUCGAGUCUGUCAUUGUCAAGACCUCCGCCGGUGUGCUCCACGACACUAUCGUCUCGGUGCGUCGAAACCCGGACUUUCUUGUCGCCCAUGUCGAGUUCGCCCAACCACUGGAGCAAGCCGAGCAGAAGAGCUUUCUGUCGUCUCUUCUUGCGCGCCUCCCACUUCCCAAGUACAUGAGUCCCGCUUUGCUUGUGCCGAUUGAUGCAAUUCCUCUCACACCGCAUGGCAAAGCCGAUAGAAAGGCUGUGCAAGCACUCCCAUUGCCAACCCGCGACGAUGACGGCAAUGAGCAGAGUCUCACUGAGACGGAGCGCGCUUUGAAGAACCUCUGGAUAGAGGCUCUUCCCGAGGAGUGCACUCUUGCCGUUGCUAUCAAGCCUGAAACCGAAUUUUUUAACCUUGGUGGCGGCUCCUAUCUUCUAGUCCUAAUUCAGGGACUAAUCCGCAAACGCUUCCAUGUCCUGAUACCUGUUAUGAAACUCUUUGACGCCAGCAGUCUACGGGACAUGGCUUCAAAAAUUGAUGCUGCGGCUGCUAUCGCAGCCGUUGAUUGGGAAGCAGAGAUAGCUCUGGAAGAGGGUCUCAAAGCCGGAACUAAUACACCGAACAGAAAGCCUUCAUCAGGCGAGGGUCUUAUCGUGGUACUCACGGGUGCCACCGGAUACCUGGGCAAACGAUUGCUGCGGGAGCUGAUCGAGAAUAAGGCAGUAUCUAGGGUCCACUGUGUUGCUUUUCGCGGCACUGACAAGGACUCAGUCUUGGAGCCAGUCCCAGAAGACUUCAGGUCUCGCGUGGAAGUUCACUCGGGCGACCUAGCCUCACCUUUACUCGGCCUGGAGGCCGAAACGUUCAACGCUUUGGCCCUGGAAGCCGACGUUAUUAUUCAUAGCGGUGCUAACCGAUCGUUCUGGGACUACUAUCAGUCGCUUCGUGGACCGAACGUCGUCUCGACGAAGACGCUGGUCAAAAUGGCCGCUAUUGGUUCUACCCCCGUCCACUUUAUCUCCAGUGGCGGAUUGAUCCAGCCCGGUUUAGACGCAGAAAGUUCCCCGGCAUCGAUUACAGAUAUCGGAGCACCUCCCAUCGACGGAUCCAAUGGUUAUAUUGCUUCCAAAUGGGCGUCUGAGGCGUACCUAGAGCGCGCUGGCCGCGAACUUGGUUUGCCGGUUUAUAUUCACCGAGUUACCCGUGCACCUGCUCAGGAUGAUACCAGUCCGACUGCUCUGCCGGAGGGCCUUAUUUCUGACUUCCUCGACCUCACCUUCAAGCUUAAAGCUGUCCCGCAGCCUCAGGGCUGGCGCGGCUCUUUCGACCUGCUGCGAACAUCGGAGUUGUCGCAUCAGCUAGUGGACAGCUUUAUCCAGUCGUCGGCCGACCCGACCAACGAUAGUGAGAGGGUUCAAUAUGUUCACUAUCCUUCGACCGUCCGCUUACAAAUGGAGAAUGUGGUGGAAGGGUUACAAGCUGCCAAGCAGGUGGCCAAUGGUGAUGAUGUGGAAGGUUUCGAGACCCUCCCCCCACAUGUUUGGGUCGGCAAGGCAAAGAAGGUCGGCCUAGAUUGGCAUUUCGCUGGCCAGGACUUUUCGGCAUUUGGGGCCGAGGGUGUUUCAUUGAGAAGAUAGAUUGAUGAUUUAGUUUGUGUUGAUAUAGAUUGUGGUGGCGUUAUAGUGUUAUUAUUUCGUCGUCUGUUUAUUUUUUUGUCUUGAGCUGAAUAAACAGUUUAAUCUUAGUUUAAAUACCCGAUAUAUUUUCUUCCUUUCGAGCACUUACUUUUCAUAACUAUUUUUUUUUAACUUAUAGUAC